CUAGGGGUGGGGGUUUGGGGCUGAAGCAGAAGGAAACUAUGGCCUCCCUGUCAGCCGUUAGAGAAGUCUUCCUAGGCCAGCCAGCGCUCCUCUUGCAGCUUCUCCGGGGGCACAGGUGCCCGGGCAGCCACUGAUUUGCAAUGCAGAUAGAUACCUGGCGGCUGCCCCUAGACUUCUUGGAUCUCAUAAGAGGGCGCUGACUUCCAGACGGGGCUCCUUGGGGUGGAGAGCACCAUGUGAGACGGGCUUCAUUCUGCUCAGCCUCUCACCCAUCUGCCCACCAGCACCGCCCUCCUCUUCCAAGCUCUAUGCCCGGCUCUGCCCUGGCACCAUGUCUCUGCUGAACCCCGUCCUGCUGCCCCCUGAGCUGAAGAGCUACCUGACCCGAGGAGAGCGCUUCAUCAAGUGGGAUGAUGAGACUUCAGUGGCCUCCCCGGUCAUCCUUCGAGUGGAUCCUAAGGGAUAUUAUUUGUACUGGACCUAUCAAAGCAAGGAGAUGGAGUUCCUGGACAUCACCAGCAUCCGGGACACUCGGUUUGGCAAGUUUGCUAAGAUGCCCAAGACCCAGAAACUUCGAGAAGUUUUCAACUUGGACUUCCCUGACAACACCUUCUUGCUGAAGACCCUGACUGUGGUGUCUGGCCCAGACAUGGUGGACCUGACCUUCCAUAACUUUGUCUCCUACAAAGAGAAUGUCGGCAAGGACUGGGCUGAAGACGUUCUGGCUUUGGCUAAGAACCCAUGGGCAGCCAAUGCUCCCCGGAGCACAUUCCUGGAGAAGAUCCUGGUAAAGCUUAAGAUGCAGCUCAGUCCUGAAGGGAAGAUCCCCGUGAAGAAUUUUUUUCAGAUGUUUCCUGCUGACCGGAAACGAGUAGAGGCUGCACUCAGUGCCUGUCACCUUCCCAAGGGCAAAAAUGACUCCAUCAACCCGGAGGAUUUCCCUGAGCCUGUCUACAGGAGCUUCCUCAUGAGUCUGUGUCCCCGACCUGAGAUCGAUGAGAUUUUCACCUCUCAUCAUGCCAAAGCAAAGCCUUACAUGACCAAGGAGCAUCUGACCAAGUUCAUUAACCAAAAGCAGCGGGAUGCCCGACUCAACUCCCUACUCUUCCCACCGGCCCGACCUGACCAAGUACAGUGCCUCAUUGAAAAGUAUGAACCCAGUGGCAUCAACAUCCAGAGGGGUCAGCUGUCCCCAGAGGGGAUGGUUUGGUUCCUAUGUGGUCCAGAGAACAGUAUAGUGGCCCAAGACAAACUGAUGCUGCAUCAGGACAUGAGCCAGCCUCUGAAUCACUACUUCAUCAACUCCUCCCACAACACCUACUUGACAGCUGGCCAGUUCUCGGGGCCCUCGUCCUCAGAGAUGUACAGACAGGUCUUGCUCUCUGGAUGUCGCUGUGUGGAGCUUGACUGCUGGAAGGGGAAGCCUCCUGAAGAAGAGCCCAUCAUCACUCAUGGUUUCACCAUGACCACAGACAUUUUAUUCAAGGAUGCGGUAGAGGCCAUUGCUGAGAGUGCCUUCAAGACCUCCCUCUACCCGGUCAUCUUGUCCUUUGAGAACCAUGUAGACUCGCCUCGACAGCAAGCUAAGAUGGCAGAGUACUGUAGAACCAUAUUUGGGGACAUGCUGCUCACUGAGCCCCUGGACAAGUUCCCUUUGAAGUCAGGGGUCCCCCUCCCCAGUCCCCAGGACCUUCUGGGCAAGAUCCUUAUCAAGAAUAAGAAGAAUCAGUCCUCCGCUCCUGUUCCACCCAAGAAAGAACUGUGUACGGAAACAGAGGGUAGCCAGGCCAAUGCAGCCAUGGGUGAGGACACAGUGUGGGUUGGUGAAGAAGAGGCUGAGCUGGAGGAAGAGGAGGAAGAAGAAGAAGAAGAGGAAGAAUCAGGUAGUUUGGAUGAAGAGGAAAUCAAGAAGAUGCAGUCGGAUGAGGGCACAGCUGGCCUGGAGGUGACAGCAUACGAGGAGAUGUCUAGCCUGGUCAACUACAUCCAGCCCACCAAGUUCAUCUCCUUCGAGUUCUCCUCCCAGAAGAAUCGGAGUUAUGUCAUCUCUUCCUUUACGGAGCUGAAGGCCUAUGAUCUGCUCACCAAGUCCCCUGUGCAGUUUGUGGACUAUAACAAGAGGCAAAUGAGUCGGAUCUACCCCAAGGGCACACGAAUGGACUCAUCUAACUACUCUCCCCAGAUGUUCUGGAAUGCAGGCUGCCAAAUGGUGGCCCUCAAUUUCCAGACAAUGGAUAUGCCCAUGCAGCAGAACAUGGCACUGUUUGAGUUCAACGGGCAGAGUGGCUACCUUCUCAAGCACGAGUUCAUGCGCCGGCCGGACAAGCAUUUUGACCCGUUCUCCGUGGACCGCAUCGAUGUGGUGGUGGCCACCACUCUCUCCAUCACGGUGAUUUCUGGCCAGUUUCUGUCGGAACGAAGUGUCCGAACUUACGUGGAGGUGGAGGUGUUUGGCUUGCCUGGAGACCCCAAGAGGCGCUACCGCACCAAACUGACACCCAGCGCCAACUCCAUAAAUCCCGUCUGGAAAGAGGACCCCUUUGUCUUUGAGAAGAUCAUGAUGCCAGAACUAGCCUCUCUGAGAGUGGCAGUCCUGGAAGAAGGAGGCAAGUUUAUCGGGCACCGAAUUAUCCCAGUCCAUGCCCUGCACUCAGGGUACCAUCACUUGUGCCUCAGGAGUGAGAGCAACAUGCCCCUCACCAUGCCUGCCCUCUUCGUUUUCCUGGAGAUGAAAGAUUAUGUGCCUGACACAUGGGCAGAUCUCACUGUGGCUCUUGCCAACCCCAUCAAAUUCUUCAAUGCUCAAGACAAGAAGUCAGUCAAGCUGAAGGAAACAGAGAACAGCGCCCCUGAGAAGCCUUUGCCGCCCAGGAACUCGGCUGUGGGCCAGCUCAACGGGGCCCUGGCGUCCGCCGGCUCCUCCACGGCGCCACCGUCCAACGGUCCUGCAGUGGCUGUGACCUGGCUGAAGGAGGAAGCAUUGAAAGAGGCAGCAGAACCUCAGACAGCCAGUCUGGAGGAGCUGCAGCAGUUGAAAGGGUUCCUGAAGCUUCAGAAGAGACAGGAAAAGGAACUUCGGGAACUGGAGAGGCAAGGUGCCCGUCGCUGGGAAGAAGUUCUGCAAAAGUAUGCCAACUUACAGACUGAAUUGACACCCCAGGGUGGGUGCAGGAAGCUGUCCAUCACUAAGGGAUCCAGGAAGAAGAGAAGCUUGCCUUGUGAGGAGACUGGCGGGGCCGGGAUGGGACCAAUCGAAGGACCAGAAAGCUCAGAUGGGCGCAUUCGAGAGCUGAAGGAGAAGCUGGAGAUGGAACUGUACCAACAAGGGGAGGAGCAGUAUGAAAGCAUCAUGAAACGCAAGGAAGCUCAUGGUAGUGAGCUAAUGGACAAGGUGCUAAAGCUGGCCCAGGAAAAACAAGCAGCCGAACUAAAGGCUCUCAAGGAGUCUGCAGACGGCAAUACCAAAGAGAUGAAAAAGAAGCUUGAAGUCAAGAGGCUAGAGCGGAUCCAGGCCAUGAGCAAGAUCACUAGUGACAAGAUGGCCCAGGAGAGGCUGAAGAGAGAAAUUAACAACUCACAUAUACAGGAAGUGGUCCAUAUCAUCAAACAGAUGACAGAGACUCUGGAGAGGCACCAGGAGAGGCUGGAAGAAAAGCAGGCGGCUUGUCUGGAGCAGAUCCGGGAGAAAGGGAAGCAGUUCCAGCAAGAGGCAUUGUCUGAAUAUGAGGAACGCAUGAAGGGCCUGGAGGCCAAAGUGAAGGAGGCGGUGAAGUGCUGCCUCAGUUUCCCCCAAGAUGUCCACAACAAGAAGCCAGAGACACCUGGUGCUGUGGAAGAACCUUUGGAGGAGACAUUGAGCCCAGCUGAGGCUUCUUCCCAGCUAGACAGCCGUCUCUAAAGUCUGAUCUCCCUUCCUGUUCUGGCAUGAGGGCAGGGCUCCAGCUAGGGAAUGUGCCUCAAAACUGUGUAGCCUCCCUGAGAUCCACCCAUGUUCCUCUAACAUAAAGGAACUCCAGAGAACGUGCCGGUUGGAGAGAAGGAGGGCUAUUCUGGAGUCUGUCUAUUCUACCUUGAUUCCUGUUCUUUAGCCUCAUCUAGAGUUUCUGACACUCAACUCUCAGGGUCAGAAGUCAGGGGGGCGGGGAGGGGUAUGCCUCCAGGAGAGCCCCCUAGGAGUCUGAUAGCACUGGUCAGGACUGGGAAAAAGACCAUUUCUGACAUGGGCAGAUCUUGGGACCAACCCAUCAGAGGAGCCAGCCUCUAGGAUGGCUUAUUAAUUAUGCUGGUGUUAAUCUAAGUGCAUAUAUUUGCCCUCACCCCUUUCCAAUUUAACUUAUCCCGAUUAUUGUCCAUUCUCAAGGAAAAUCCAAGAUGACCUCUUCUAACUCUAUCAACAUCAGAACCAAACCCAUAAUUCCAGGGUAACUCUGGGCUCAGGAUAAAUCUUCCUAGUUAGGCAGAGCCAGAAUCCACACUCUUGAACUCUCCUAAAUUCUUCCUGGCCAGGAACUGUUUCAGACUAAGGAUUCUUCCUAGGAUGAGAGGAUCAGAUACCCAUCUCUCCCUCCCACCUGCUGAGACAGGAUGACUCAGGACUACCCUGCCUUUCCCUGGCACCUUUGUUUUAUUAGAGUCCAGAAGACAGUUCCAGGAUGACCAAGAAGGGUUCAAGGAACCCCAAUGUCUACAGUCCAUACAGUCCUCAGACUAUUCUUUCCGCCCCCCCUAUCCCCAGUCCUGAAGUUAACUAAUGAUAAGAUUUAGGACCGUCUCAUUCUUUCCUUUUCCUUCCCCCCUAACCCCAAUCCCUCUCUAUCCUUUCUUUCUCCUUAUCUAUGGACUUCAAGAAACUGCGCUAGAAUAUAGACCUCCAAGCCCCGAGAUUAUUCCUCCCUCCUCGCCUCCACAAUCUCCAUCAGAAAAAAAAAACAAAACUGCUUCUUGGGGGAUGCACCGUAUGGACAAAUUGAUUUGUGGUUAAAGGAGGGGCUGGGGUUGGGGAGAAAGAGAGAAAGGAUGGCUGUUUGUCCUGUAUCAUUUCAAGUUAUUUAUUAUUUGUUUUCUUUUUGACUCCAUUAAAGACCUCUUUUAUCUAUUAAA